AUGCUUACGGCGGCACAACUUGAGACACAGGGGCUGAAUGGGCGCUUGAAGCCGAGUCUACAGCUUACGGGGCAUCAGCUAUUCUAUGUUUUUGGUCUUGAUGGUAUAGGCGAUAUGGCUUUAUCCGGGGGUGUGAAUUUUGCUCUGGCUUAUGGCAUGUACACUACGCAAGACACCGUCAAGAACCCAAUUCGGUUGUUUCAACUGCCAAACACAUUAUCAGGUGAUGCAGCUGUAACUAUUAUUGUCCAAUGCAUUCUCACGUGGUUCGUUGAGAUGGGACUUGUCAGUUAUGACCUUUCGAAACGGUCUGUCCAGCCGAUUGGCUUUAUUCAAGAACUAUCGUCCUCUGAUCCAGGCGACUCAGAAGUAGAAGAGAAAGAGCCUCAACCGGAAUCCAAGGUCCCUCCUGUACUUACGACAAUCGUGCAAGGGGCGCUGAGGGGCUUUAUACUCGCUGCUUUCAAGGCUAUUCUUGGUGGCGUUCUGGGGUUACUCACGACACCGUUAAUGGCCCUGUUCUGGUUGAUCAAGGCGGGUUGGGAGGGUAAUGAUGAGAGGAUGAAUGCAUGGACUUCAAGACAGAGUCGGUACAUGGCGGAAGUAUAG